AAAUUUCAAGUACGGUCACGCUGCCGAAAUCGCCGGCUGCUGCAAUUUCGUGAAACUUUUAGAAAUUUUAAUCAUUUAUCAUGGAUUUGCCAUUAAACGAUGGAAAUAGGCAACAACCUCCACCCAAUCAGCAUCCACUGGCAGACUACAACUUCAGUCCCGAUGAAUUGAAAGCGUUACGUGAAUGCAACCAGGAAUCAUUUGUCCAGCGAUCACUACCCUUUGGUACGGGAUUGGGACUGUUGGCCUAUUUUGGCGUUAAGAAUGGUUACAUUCAGGGCAAUGGCAAAUACGGAGCUGUGCCGAAAGUGGUUCUGGGUGUCAUUCUGGGCUACUUUGUGGGAAAGUUCAGUUAUCAGCAGAAAUGUGCUGAGAAAAUAAUGCGAUUGCCCAACUCACGACUGGGUGAAAUACUGCGUCAACGCAGACAAGGCGGUGGUGUCAUCAGCACCAUUACACCAGAUGAGAAUCUGGGCAGGGCAUUCACUCUGGCUCCCUUCACCCCAAGCUCCGCAGAUGUGUACACUGAUGAGGGAUUCCAGCCGUCUCGAAAUACAGCUUUGAACUUGGACACUGACUCGCGACCAUCGCUAUCCGGUCUAGACGACAUCUAUAGACCCACUCUGGACUCUGCCAGCACUUUGGUGGACACGGAAUUGCCAUUGGAACCGGCCAAGCCAGGUGAAUCCUACGAGGAUCUGCGCAAAAAGAAUCGCGACGAGUACUUGAAGCGUCAGCAGAGUCCCUACUCCCGGCCAUAUGAAGCACCAGCCCAGCAGCCGCAGCGUGCAAUUGUCGAGUUGCCUCCUCAGGAUCAAAAUGUUCCAAUUGCAAGUGGCAAGAAGAAUAAAUACGGUGAUUCCUGGACAGAUUAAAGAUCCAAAAAUCAUUCAAGUGCAGUUUGUUAAUAUUUAUUCGCUUGUUGAAUACAAAACGUAUGUAGUAAAAAAUUUUUCAAGGA